UGCCACCAAACAGUUGGUGUGAGCAGUUGUUUUCCACAGAUCCUGUGAACACGAGCACAAAUUUUCAGACCAGCAGUGGCGAGGAGUGGAGAGUGACCUUGCACUGGCCAGAAAAAUGGAGCUUUUUGAGACCAACCCUUAUUUCUUUCCCGAUCAGAGGUUCUAUGAAGGAGGUGAAAAUUUUUUCCCCACCCGGCUGCAAGGUGCUUUCGAUCAAACUACCUACCAGGAGCGACCAGUGAUGGGACUGUGCUCUGACAGCAGGUUACUGUCCGGCACGGGCCUGGAAGACAAGGUGUCCCCAGCGGCCAGCCUGUCCCCUCAAGAGCACUGCCCCGGCCAGUGUUUGCCUUGGGCCUGCAAAAUCUGCAAGCGGAAAUCCGUCACCAUGGAUCGCAGAAAAGCUGCCACCCUGAGGGAGAAGAGGAGGCUGAAGAAGGUCAACGAGGCUUUCGAAGCGCUUAAGCGGAGCACUCUCAUGAACCCCAACCAGAGGCUCCCUAAAGUAGAGAUCCUGCGCAGUGCGAUCCAGUACAUUGAGAGGCUGCAGGCGCUGGUCAGCUCCCUGAACCAGCAGGAGAGAGAACAGGGUGGGCUCCACUACAGGGGCUCUGGCUCCCAGAGGGUGUCGUCUUCCAGUGAGCAGGGCUCUGGCAGCACCUGUUGCAGCAGCCCGGAGUGGAGCAGCCCCUCAGAUCACUGUGGCCACGCAUUCAGCAACAACCCUGAGGACCUUCUUAAUGAAGACUCUUCGGAACAACCCAACCUUCGGUCUUUGAGCUCCAUAGUGGACAGCAUUACUGUGGAAGGCACAGCGGUCACCUACCCAGGGGAUAUUUCCAAAUGAGAGCUUUGACGGAGCCGAACACAAAUCUUCCAAAGAACCAAAAGCACUCCUGAGAGUCAAGAACCACAAAACAUGUCAAAUCAUGACUUAGUGGUUUCCUUGUACAAAAUGUGUGGUCCAUUUUUUAUUUUAUUUUAUACGUAUAGAUAUGUGAAGUGAGAGCUUUAACGAUUCUAACAGCUCUUUGCUCCUUAACUUAAUAUUGAUGAGUUGAGAUCAUCCUUUAAAGCAUUUACCUUUUGGUCUUGCAUUUUAUUUGUGUGUGUUUUGCUUAAAAUGAAUGGUUAUUCAUGUGGGGCCAAUAUUUUAUACUGCAGUUUGACCAAUUUUUGCUUAACUUAAGCUAGAAAUGUGGAAGAAAGUGAUGUAAAUAUGUGUCUUUUUUACAGAGUGGAUUUGCUAUUUUAUUUUUUUUGUUAACUUAUUUUGGAUUUUUAUAAUAAAGACUGAUGUGUAUUUGUAUUUUCCAAG